ACACACUACUUUAGUUGUUUGACUCUAUUUAAAAAAAGUCUUCUUGCUGCGAAUACAAAUAAAGUCAAUGAUACUUUUUUUGUUUUGCUAUGAAACCUUGAAACAAAAAUGAAAAAACGUGUUCCACUGAAUGUUAUUUUUUUUAAAUCAUUUUGUUUAUAGUUGGAUUCAGAAUGAUGAAAUUUUUUUCGUUAUCAUUUUUUUAAAUAUAUUUAUCUUCAUUGUACCUUUUACUUACAGAACUUUAUGACUCGAGCGGAACUCGGCAAACGCAACAAAUCCUCCAUUCAAAAUGCGUUCAACCUGAGCUCGAAACAUGGAAAUCAAGAUGACGUUUUAUUACCAUUUCUUCAAAGUGCUGUACCACUAACACCCGAAAGUCUUGUUGUUUUCAAAGUCACCACAUUGAAGACGUUAGCAAAACUUUAUGGGUUAAAAACAAGUGGAACAAAAGCUCAACUUAUAGAAAAAUUAGUUAAGAUUGGAUCUACAUCGGCUCUCGUAGAAAAAUCUGUCAGCACCAAAAAAAAAAAAAGCACUCAAAUAAGCACUAAGAAAGAAAUCAAACAAGAACAAGAGACAUUCCCAGGCUCUGGAACUAUUUAUUCCUAUGAGUAUUUUCCCUUUCAUGCUUCCUAUGAAAAAGAUACCAAUUUUUUAAAUUGUUUAUGUCGAGGGACUUUACCAUUACGUUCUCAAACAAAUAUUUCUUGUUCAUCUUGCCAUUUACAAUUCCAUCAUGAAUGUAUGAAGUUGAUUCUUCAACAACAUAAAACAAAUGAUUUUCUUUGUCCUCGUUGUCAAUUUGAUAAAAUGGAUCCAUUUUACCCUCUUAAAAAAAUUUUGUGGAUGUCAUACUUGGAUCCUUGUUUACCCCAAACCUCCUCGCCUACAUCUGAAGGAUUUCACACGUUUUCUACAACAUUUCAUUUAGAUAAAUUAGACACAUUGCGACUCUAUGACCAGCACAUUAUUGUUCAAUGUAUUCGUCUUGGAAGUACAACAGCUUCCAAAUACUUGCAACAUGAAUGGCCUUACAGUAUUACGAUUAAAAUAAAUGAUCAUAUUGAAUCCGUACUUCCGCCUCGUGUGGAUCAUAAAAGACGCGACAAUCCUUUAUUUUUAACACCUUAUUUCAAUUCAUUAAAGAAUUUUAUAGAAAUCGUAGUCAUUGAUAUGUUUACAUGGAAGGAAAAUUCAAGUAGUUUUGCUUUAGCUUUUUUAGUUUGCGAUAUGCUACCGAUGUUUCAACUUGUGCGUCAAAUUCGUGAAUCACCUGAUACUUCUUAUGAAACUGCACUGAAGCGAGUUCUGUCAUUAAUAUCGCCUGUAGAAAAAGAUGAAGACGAUGUUUUAUGCGUUGAAAAAGUUUUUAAAUUUAAACUUACGUGCCCCAUUACGCUGACUCGACUGGUUAUUCCUUCGCGUGGAAAACAUUGCAAACAUUUACAGUGCUUUGAUUUACAAAGUUUUUUGGAUAUCACAAAAAAAUCAAAAGUUUUUAAUAGUCGUUGGAAAUGUCCUGAAUGUUCGUUAAUUGUUCGCCCUGAUACACUUGUUGAGGAUGCCUUUGUAUCCUUUAUUUUAAAUGAGACUAAGCAUUUACAAGGAAAUACUGUUGAAAUCUCACCUGAUGGAACAUGGAAACUUCUACCUUUGAAUGCAAUGGAUCAGCAUACAUGUGUAACAGAUUCGGAUGAUUCAUUCGAGGAUACACUUCAGAAAACAACUUUUUUAAUGGAAGAAAACUCUUUUUUAUCUGGUAACAUCUUGGGGGAUACAAGUUUAAACCCUAUAACAGUUGAUGAUACGGAUGCUGAGGAGGAAACGCCUGUCAACGAAUUCUUAAUAGUCGAUGAUAGGACAACAUUGAAAACACCCAGUCAUGAGGAAACCACACAACACUCUACGAAAAACCAAAAUUUUCAGUUCAAUCAUCCUUUUUUUACAGUUCAGCACGGUAAAGAUUUAAUUGAUGUUUCUUCUACAAGUACGGAUAAUGAAGACGCCACCCACUUACAAUUUUUUCAAAUGGCAAAAAAAUUAAAUGAUUCCUUCCAUCCACCAAAUCAUUUAUUUUCUAAAAAAAAACGUGACAAUCAUUUCACAAAACAAAAGGAAUUAAAGCAGCCUUGCAUGAAUAAAAAGAAAUCACGUAAAUCUCAUCAGCAUCAUCUAGCUCAAAAUAAUUUCAACUUAUUCUUUGAUCAACAACUAAUUUCACCAUCCUUUGAUGAAAUGUCUCAGUGGGUAGAAUAUUUACAAAAUUUUCCCUUACCUUCUACAAAACCCUUUAAUUCAACUGUUGAUGUUAUUCACUCCGCACAACUGUCACCUACUAACAAAAAUAAACAAUCAACUGUAUUCAGUCGCGUUAAAAGACUUCACUGUUCACCUUCAAGUAAUUCGUUCUUUAGUAACAAACAUACUUCAGUACAAAAAGACAUACAACAAGUAACGCAGCCGUCUUCAGCUUUUUCAUGCCAACCUUAUAAUAAACCCCAAACACUACCACUUCCUCAUCACUCCACACAGGCAGCACCUGCUUGUUACCCUGAUUCGGAGCAAUCUUGUUAUCAAUUUCAGAAUCCAUUAUUACAUCCUUUAACAAUUGAGUCUCCCACAAGUUUCAGUGACCUUGAAUCCAUACAAAUUUAUGAUAAGAAUUCAAAAUCUCUAUCGUUACGUUCCCGUAUCAAUGCGUCUUUCCACCAACAACAUGACAUGUUUCCUUCUUCAUUGUUUCCUUAUAACGUAACUUCUAAUCCCACACUAGUGCCGUCAAAAGAAUUCGCUCAAACUUUUCUUUUGAAAAAUUAA